UUGUGAGUUUGUGACCCGAUUACAAACUCGUAAAACAAAUUAAAAAAGUCAUCGAAAAAGAUAACGAGAAAACCAAACACACAUCCCCAAGGACUCAGCUACAACAAAGCAAUGUGCACAUUAGAGAAGCGCGGCGAUCUCUUCUUCCUAACCCUCACCAGCGACGAUGACCACUGCUUAGGCCUCCCAAUCAUCGACUCCCUCCUCUCUGCCCUCGCCGAAGCCAAUUCCCAAGCCACGCGGGGCUCCGUCCUCAUCACCACUGCCCAAGGCAAGUUCUUAUCCAAUGGCCUUGACCUCGCCUGAGCCACGAUUACUUCCUCAUGAGGCGCGACAGAGGCGUGUUGUACAUGGCGGCGUUCCGGUUGAAAAUCGGCUCGGUAUCGGGUCUGAGGGACGUGAUGCUAAGGGGAUGAAGGUGAAGGGAGACGAGGCGGUGAAUAUGGGGAUUGUGGAGUCAGCACACGAAAGCGCGGAGAGCACGGUGGAGGCUACGAUGCGCCUGGGGGAGGAUUUGGGGAAGAGGAGGUGGAACGGCGACAUUUAUGCGGAGAUCAGGAAGAGCUUGUAUCCGGAGUUGUCCGGAGUUCUUGGAGUGGCGAUUGCUACUCCGAAGGCAAAGCUUUGAGUUUGUCAUUUCCUCCGAUUUAGUGGGGGCACUUAGAGAAUAAUAUGAAACUUAAUAGGUUUAAAUUGAAAUUUGAUGAUUUCAGUGAUUCAAAUGUGCGAAUCAAUUUGUGUUUGACUGUAAGAAAGCUAGUUGGUUGGAGACUUUUAAUAUGUAUUUUUGCUCAUUCUUUAUCCUAAUUUUUUUUUUUUUUUUUUUUUUGUCAAUGUUUUUGUGCAACUAGCUACUUUAUGUUUUUAUCCGUGUAGUCUAUUUUUUUAAUCAAAUGAAAAUUUUUUAUAAGGAGAAAAAGAUAGAGGGAAAAUAAAUUAUUAUUAAACUUGUUAAAAAUAGGCUUAUUUACUCUA